UUCUCCCUUCCGGGCACAGGACACAGGCAGUGUGGGACUCACACAUGCCCUGCUCCUUGGGGACGGAUUUCAUCCAAUCUCCAGCCACCCCCCCCACAGCCCCAUGGCCCCCAACCCACUGCUGCCAUCAGACAGUGCAACCCUACAGGGGCCCUCAGCCACCAUCCCCCAGCGUCGUGGCAAGGUGCCCACGCUGUCCUAUGUCCCUGAGUUGCCUCAAAGGCUGCAGGGCAGGCGGCCAAUGCCAUCAGGCCGCUUAGUGGUGGCCCUGCAGCGUCCCCUAGGUGAGCAGCAGCAGGCAGUGGGCAGCCGCCUGCAGCCCGGAGCAGGACAGGGACAGAGCAGUGGUCACUCAGUCACCUUCACACAAAGCGACCUGUUCCGGGCAGAGCCACCAAGCGGGGUUUGUCCUCCGUGUGGCACCCAGGUGGCCCCAGUGAUCCUUAGGGAGCAGAUGACACAGACUGAACCCUGCACGGUGGCUUUGUCACCUCACGUGAUUGAUGUGGGGACACAACUGCCCCAAGAUCCUUGUGCCACCCACCCCACCAUCUGCACCCCAACCCCACCACCGCCUCGCAGCCCCAUCACCAACCCCAAACCGCCCCGCAGAGCUCUGCGGCCGCUUGGGCACAAAUCCAUUUCCCAAUGCUCAGGACAGCAGAACCCCAUGGAGCAGGGCUCUUUGUCCCCACAGCCCCCUCCAAGCCAGCCCAGUAGGGAGCAGAAUGAGCACCUGUGUAUGUUGCACCACAGGGCUGAGCAGGUGGCACACCAGCACCCAGCACCUUUCCAGCUGUCACCUCCCACCAGGGACAUGGGCACCGAGGCCAGCACUGUGCCCAUGAACCCAAACCCUGCUCCCAGGUCCCCAAAAGCUCCCUGUGCCUGUUGUCCCCAGCACUGCCCUGCCAUCCCCUUGCCCUGGGAUGUCUCCACCACCAGGGCUCUGUCCAAGCCUGAUCGCAGCUCAGCUUGGUGGCCCCUGCUGCACUCACAGCACGCUGUCACCCCGUGCCCCGUGACCCCAGUGAUGGAGCCGAGCACUUCCAAGAGUGGCCCUGUGGAGGUGGAUGCCAUCGCAGAGGUCCCGACAGGCAGAGGUGGCUUCAGUGAGGAUGUGGCAAUGUGUGACAGAGCUCCUGCCACUGCCCUGCCGCAGGACAACAGCUCCAAGAACUUUGCCUGUGGUAUUGAUGUUGGGCACAAGAUGGACAUGGAGCUGGCCGCUGAAUUUAAGACCUCCUUCAUGGUCAUGACUGACAAGGGGAACGCCAAUUUCUUCUGGACCCUGAAAGGUGAGGCAGGCGCCCACAGCAGUUUUUGUAGGACCUAUAUAAAGACAGCAUCCCUAUGCCAUGCACUGUGCUAGCCCUGACGUGUGCUGGGGGGACAUGGGGACAGCCAGAGAGCCCAGCAGUCCUCAGCUGAUGGAAAAUCUUGCUUCUUCCCACCCCGGUGCCAUCCUCUGCCUGCUCCGCUGCUGACCCCUCCCUGGCUGCGGCUUCAGAUGAGGAGGUAAGUGAUGGCCUGGCAGCACUGGCAGGACCCUUGUGGGGGAUUUUGGGGCUGGUGACAGGAGAUGAACUAUGGGAGGUCUCAGAGAGUGGCACAGAGCUCACCCAUGGGUUCCCCCGCCAUGGCACGAGUCUGGGGACACGCUGCAGGGGGACAGCGUGGGGGCAGCAGGCAGGGAAGGGGUUAAUCACCCCAUGUCCUGGGAUGGGCUCUUUCAAUCUUGUUUGGGUUUGGAGGAAGAACAGCUUUGGCAGCGUGCAGCCUUGUCCCAAAAUAACUCGGCCUCCCAUGGUAAUUACAGAGCUGCCCCUCCAGCUCGCUGCUUCCCUUCCAGCUGCUGCCAGCUGGGCUGGGCAGGACAGGGUGCUGGGGGUGCUGGGGGCCCUGGGGAACACCACCCACCCUCCGUGUCACUGCUCCUCUUCUUGGUCACCCCUGGACAAGAAAAACUGGGUCAGUGUGGCAUCUCCAAGAUUGGGGACAUGGCUGCUGUGCCUGACACUGCCCUGCUCUCAUGGAGUAAAGGCACACAGACCCCACAGGCUCCGCUCCCACUGCGAUGUGGCCACACUGGGGACACCCAACACACUUCCCCACCCACGCAUGGGCAAAGCGUGACCCCCUUUGGCUCCAGCUGCCACGACAUCGCCUGGCCUUGCCCUGCUGCAUCCCCCCCCUGCUCCGCAGCUGAUCCCUUCAGCUUUUAAUGCUCUAUUUAAAGCCCGGGGCUGCGGCUCUGCGGCCACAUCCCUCUGACGCAGCCAGGCACCAUUCUCCUCCAGCAAGGCCGAAUUCCCAUUGCCAGAGGCUGAGCACAUCACCCACCGGAGCAGCUGAGCACGGGCAGCUCAUCACAGCAGUGCCCAGCUCCACUGUCCCUGGGGGAACUGCUCCUUGAAGGGCAGCGGGCAGCAGGGCUCAGCAUUACGGUGAGUAAUCCCCAGUAAAGCUGCGUCUCAGAAGGGAGUGCUGACUGCAGGGAUUAGGAUUGAAGCAUCCAUCCACACCUAUCUGCCCUGCCCCAUAUGGAUGGGGACAGGGGUUGCUCAUGCUCCCAGUACCCAGUGCCCAGUACCCUGCAAUUGGUGUGAGCUGUGCACGUUCCCUGGUGUCCUCCAGCAGUGGCGUUAAUGCUGGUACCAAGUAUCUGCUGAGCAGCACUCAGUAUUGUUGCCCAAUUCCCAGUGCUGGGGCUGCCCCCUCCCACCAGUACCAGGUUCUGGUGCCAGUGCUGGUGCUCUGUAUCCAGUACUGGUGCCAUCACCCUUCAGUGGGUACCCACACUGGUGCCCUGUGCCUGGCAUCAGUACUGGUGCCCAUACCGGCUACUGGUGCACUGUCCUGAAGCCUUGGUGACGGUGCCCCACACCCAGUUCCCGGUGCUGGAGCCCUAUUCCCUGUACUGCUACCCCACACCAGUGCCCUGCGCCUGGUACAUAGCGCACAGCAUUGGUGCCAGCACUUGGUCCGUGGCACUGGUGCACUGAAUGAUGUACAGUUCCCGGUACCGGUGCCCUGUGCCAGUACGCAGUGCCAACACCGAUGUCG